UAAACAGCUGUCUCACACGUGUGUUUCGUUUGGCUGAAGAAUCGGUGUGGAAGGUUGUGUAAAAUUUGUAAAAUAAAUUAAAACUAUAGUUUUGAGGGAAUUUGUUAGUAAAUAUAUAUUUAGUUGGCAGAAAUGGGUGCCACGAAGAAUCUAGACUUGAUAGCAACUAUUGAAGAUGAUGCAGAGGUAGAAAAUUUCUCAGAAGACUCUGAUGCUGAAGUGGAGUAUCAACCCACAAAAAUACGCCGCAAGAAAGAAGCUGAAUUUGAAAAAGGUUUUCAAUUUGUAUCGUCUGUAAAAGAAUACAACCAAGAUACAUGGGACGAUCUCAUGAAAUAUGUGAAGCGUAAGGCACGCACCAAGACAGAUGACAAAAUUGCCGAGCGUCUCAAAAAACGUGAAUCUGAAGGCAAACCCACAGAAGUUCACGAUAGUGGUGACGAUGAUGAGAUCCCACUCUCAGAUGACGAGCUGAAGCACGAUAAUCUGCGUCUACGCGAGAAGAAAUUAAUUAAGAAGAAAAAGAAGAAUGACAACUCAGAUGAGGAAGAGGAGGAAGGCGAAAAAAUGCAAUUUGAUGAAGCCAUCGAAAGCAACGAAACUAUUACAUCGUUCUACCAGAUGAAUCUGUCACGUCCGCUUAUGCGUGCUAUCGGCGUAUUGGGCUACAUAUAUCCCACGCCUAUACAGUCUUCAACUAUCCCAAUCGCUUUAUUGGGUCGCGAUAUUUGUGGUUGUGCAGCCACCGGUACCGGUAAAACAGCGGCCUACAUGUUGCCAACAUUAGAGCGUCUUUUAUACAGACCAAUGAAUAACAAAACCAUAACGCGCGUACUUGUGUUGGUGCCGACGCGUGAGUUGGGCGCACAGGUGUAUCAGGUGACAAAACAAUUGUGUCAAUUUACAACGAUUGAUGUUGGUUUGGCGAUUGGUGGUUUAGAUGUGAAAGCACAAGAAUUGGUUUUGCGACAGAACCCUGAUGUUGUUAUAGCAACACCAGGUCGUCUCAUCGAUCACAUUAAGAAUACGCCUAGUUUUAGCUUGGAUUCUAUUGAGGUGCUCAUUUUGGACGAAGCAGAUCGUAUGUUGGAUGAAUAUUUCGCCGAACAGAUGAAAGAAAUUAUAAACUCUUGCGCCAAGACACGCCAGACUAUGUUGUUCUCGGCCACAAUGAGUGAACAAGUCAAAGACUUGGCUGCUGUGUCGCUCAGCAAGCCAGUCAAAGUAUUCGUCAAUAACAAUCAACAAGUUGCCUUCAAUCUUCGUCAGGAAUUCAUACGUAUACGUGAGGAUAAAGAGGGUGAUCGUGAACCCAUACUAUCCAGUUUGAUUUGUCGUACAUUCCACGAUCAUUGCAUGGUGUUUGUUCAAACGAAAAAGCAAGCACAUCGUCUUCACAUUUUACUGGGCUUAUUAGGCAUACGUGCUGGCGAAUUGCAUGGUAACCUCACGCAACAACAACGUCUGGAGUCUUUAAAGAAAUUUAAGGAAGAGCAAAUAGAUGUACUCAUAGCGACAGACGUGGCAGCUCGUGGUUUGGAUAUUGUGGGCGUAAAAACGGUUAUUAAUUUUGUUAUGCCUAUUACAACCGAGCACUAUAUUCAUCGUGUCGGUCGUACGGCGCGUGCCGGGCGUGCAGGUAUUUCGGUAUCACUGGCUGGUGAGAAAGAACGCAAAAUUGUUAAGGACAUUAUUAAGAAUGCUGAGAACUCUGUGAAGAAUCGUAUUAUACCGCCGGAAAUUAUUGAAAAAUAUCGCAAGAAACUGAUCGCACUCGAACCGGAAAUACAACACAUUUUGGACGAAGAGCAAGCGGAACGCCAGUUGGCCAAGAUGGAGCAACAGCUUUCGAAAACAGAACGUAAAUUGCAAGGCACCCAAGCAGAGCAACGCUCUUGGUUCCAAACCCGCAAGCAGCGCGAAGAUGAAAAGGCGCGUCUAGCACUAACAACACCUGAAGAAAAUCCAAAAGCUACUGGCAGUGACAAGAAAGGCGCCGGCAAACGCAAACGACCUGAAUAUGGUGGUGAAGGUGAAGAUGGCCCACCGGUAAAAGAUCUGAAAGCUAAAAAGAAGAAGAAGGAAGAACCGAAGAAAAAAUCACCAGAGCAAUUGGCAAAGGAACGUGUUAUAAAGGAAAUUGAAAAGGCGUCUUUGGUACGUGCUAAGAUGUCCAAGCUGAAGAAACGUCCUGGUAAACUAAGCGCAGUGGCUGAUGAACAAGUUCGGAAGCAUGUAAGCGACUACAGCAAACUAAAACCGACUAAACGCCGUGGUCAGUCGGCAUUCACCAACGACUUGACAGAUGUGAGCCGAAGUGGAGCGUUGCGUUUGAGAUCGGAGGCCAAUCGUCACAAGAAACUCACGCAAAUCGCGAAAAAGAAGAAGACGAGCGGUGUGAAAAUUGCCAACAAAGCUGGUAAAAAUAAAUUCAACAAAGGCAAGAACUUUGGUGGCCCACGUUUUACAAAAAAGAAUAAGAAAUAAUUUAGUUGAUGUUAUACAUAUUCCUAUGUAGAACUUUUAUUUUUCUAUCUUGUAAAUAAAGUAAAGAUUACUUCGGCUUUAUAAGAAAACAUUA